AUGGUGAGCAAGGCUACAAAAAAUGUCAAAAAGGGCUGUAUCGUUCUGAAGGGAGCGCAGGUCAAUGAGUUGACUUCGAACUCUGAUGACUCCAACAGACACCUGUUUGAAAUCAUCCCUGGUGUGUCGGGUGAGAGGGAUCGCUCCAUUGGUCAUGAGGCGUUCCUCCUGAUGGCGAACACCCAGAGCGAUAUGGACGACUGGGUCCGGGCCAUACGCAGAGUGAUAUGGGCACCGUUUGGAGGGGGUAUCUUCGGUCAGCACCUGGAGGACACGGUGGCGUAUGAGCGUAAACUGGGUGUGUGUGUGCGUCUGGCGCCCCUGCUGGUGGAACAGUGCGUCUGCUUCAUCAGGCAGCGAGGGCUACAGGAGGAGGGGCUAUUCAGGAUGCCAGGACAGGCUAACCUUGUGAAGCAGCUACAGGACGCAUUCGACCACGGAGACAAACCUCAGUUCGACAGUUCCACAGAUGUCCACACGGUGGCCUCGCUGCUCAAGCUGUAUCUCCGGGAGCUGCCAGAGCCUGUGGUGCCCUUCAACAAGUACGAGGAGUUUAUCUCCUGCGCAAAACUACUGAACAAGGACCAGGAACAGGGUAUCAAGGAGUUGGUGAAACUGGUGAAGACUCUUCCAUCUGCCAAUUACAACCUGCUGAAAUACAUCUGCAAGUUUCUGGACGAGGUGCAGGCACAUGCGAGCGAGAACAAGAUGGGCGUGCAGAAUCUGGCAACCGUGUUCGGACCGAACAUACUCCGCCCCAAAAUGGAGGACCCCGAUCCAGUGGCCAUCAUGGAGGGUACAUCUCUGGUGCAGCACCUGAUGACGGUGUUGAUCAGCGCUCAUGAUCAGCUGUACCCUAGUGCGCCCCCUAGUGCCUCGGAGUGGAGUAGAGAUGACAGGUCGCUGGGCGGAGAUGCUGCUGGUCGUCCGGGGGUACCCAUGCCCUCGGGGGCGGGGCAGGAGGACGCGGCCUCGCUGGUCGGCUGGAUAUCGGAGGAGGAGCUACACGGAUGCCCCGCCUCCACCGACGACACAUCAAGCUGCUCGUCCCUCGACACACACACACACACACCGACCACCGACACACACACACACUCCCCACACACACACACUCCCCCCCCACACACACACACUCCCCCCCUCCCCGGCAGCCCUGGCAGCCAGACACACAGUCCUAUUGCACAGAGGCACUCCGUGGGGGGCGUGGCCUCGGUGGCAGGGGGCGGGAACUGGCUGAUGAACGGCCUAUCGUCCCUGCGGGGCGGGAGGAGGGCGUCGUCAGGAGAGCCAGACCGGCCAAUCAGGGACUCCGGUUCUAGCCACGCCCACAACAGGCUCUCCACCUAUGACAACGUGGCGUCCUGCUCCUCAUUGGCCAGUGGUGGGGCAGGGGGCGUGGCUAGUGGCAGUGAGGACAGCUGUCAUUUGUCCAGCUCAUUCUCUUCACCAUGCCAACAGAGCUCCGCCCCUGUGUCAGAUGCUCCUCCCCCUCAGAGUCAGCAUGGUGACCAGGAGGCCCAGGAUGCUGUGGUUGCUAUGGAGACCAGCCUCAGCAUCAGGACCGCUAGCAACGGCAGCAGCAGCAGCAGCGAUGCUCCACUGGUCACCGUGACAGCAGCAGAGGACACUGACAACAACAUCCCGUCGCUAGGCAUCGACCCAUCGCUAGGCAACGACACAUCGCUAGGCCACGACGUAUCCCUAAACAAUGACCCAUCGCUAGGCAACGACCCGUCGCUAGGCAACCUGGUGUCGGAGCUCAAGGAGGAGCUGAGGAGACAGAAAGCAGCUUAUGAGGCUCGCAUCCAGAAGCUGGAGGAGUGCAGUGCUAUGUUGUGUGAGCAGGUGGAAAAGCUGGAGCUGGAUCUGGAUCGGGAGCGGACGCACCAGCAGCUGCUGCAGAUCAAACUGCGGAACUCGGAACGCGCAAGACACGACGCGGAACAGCGGAACCGGAACCUGGAACAGGAGAUGGAACAGUUCUUCUCAACGCUGGGGAACCUUCGAACCAGCGACAUAUGA